GGGGGGUUCAUUUGUUGCCAUAGUGAAAAAGUAGAUUAACCAUAGCGAGAGGCGAUGCCAUGGUGGACGCACGAGGGAUGUUCUUCUUCUCCAAGUCCGCACACCUGUCCUGCAAGUGGAGGUUCACGUGAACAUGUCUGUCUGUUGUCAUCCAAUCUGGACUCGAGCCCUAUCCUUGAAUUGGUGCAUUCUGGACGUCUAUCAUCUUUUGAAACCCAGUCAAGGUUUUAUGAUCAAUUUCUCAAGUCACACAGCUGCAACUGCCUCUGUCAUGGUCAUGGCCCAAUGUUGAAAUCUGAAACGGAAGGAAAAGAAUGAGUUAAAACAAGCUGAAACAAGAGUGCUUUUGCUAUGGCCAGAAAAACCCGGACAAGUCAUUACCUGUGACGGCAUAUUUUCAUUGCACCUUUGGAUAGCGGAAAAACCAAGAUGAUUUUGUUUCUACUCCUCUUCUUUGUCUGGGUGGCACUUGAUCAAGCUGACUCUGCCCAGUCGAGUGAACGGCGAGUUGUUGCCCACAUUCCUGGGGACAUCAUAAUUGGAGCAUUGUUCUCAGUGCAUCAUCAGCCUCCUGCAGACAAGGUUCACGAACGCAAAUGUGGUGCUGUUCGAGAGCAGUAUGGUAUCCAGCGGGUGGAGGCGAUGAUGCACACACUGGACCGCAUCAACGCAGACCCGCACAUUCUGCCAAACAUCACACUCGGAUGUGAGAUCCGUGACUCCUGCUGGCACUCCGCUGUGGCUCUGGAGCAGAGUAUCGAGUUCAUUCGAGAUUCGCUUGUAUCCUCCGAUGAAGCGGAGGAGUGGGGUGGAGGAAACCCUUGGGGAGGAGGCGGCGGGGGUGCAGCCAUGAAGUGCGCAGACCCCUCAGCCACACCAAUGCGAGGGAAAAAGCCCAUUGUGGGUUUAAUCGGGCCUGGGUCAAGCUCAGUAGCCAUCCAAGUCCAGAAUCUACUUCAACUGUUUAACAUACCACAAAUUGCCUACUCUGCUACUAGCAUGGACCUAAGUGAUAAGAGUCUUUACAAGUACUUCAUGCGUGUGGUUCCAUCAGACGCCCAACAGGCAAGGGCAAUGGUGGACAUAGUCAAGAGAUACAACUGGAGCUAUGUCUCUGCUAUAAACACUGAAGGCAACUACGGGGAAAGUGGGAUGGAAGCAUUUAAGGACAUGGCAGCCAAGGAGGGCAUUUGCAUUGCUCAUUCUGGCAAAAUCUGGAGCAAUGCCGGAGAGCAGAGUUUCGACCGACUGGUGGAAAGGCUGAGAGCCCACCUGCCCAAGGCCAGGGUGGUGGCAUGUUUCUGUGAGGGCAUGACUGUUCGCAAUAUCCUCAUGGCUAUGAGGCGCCAGGGACUGGUGGGAGAGUUUCUUCUCGUGGGCAGUGAUGGAUGGGCGGACAGGUAUGAUGUGACAGAUGGUUACGUGAAGGAAGCCGCCGGUGGCAUAACAAUAAAGCUCCAGUCUGCUGACGUCAAAUGGUUUGAUGACUACUACCUUAAACUGCGCCCUGACAACAACCUCAGGAACCCCUGGUUUACGGAAUUUUGGCAACAUCGCUUCCACUGUCGACUGAAGGGCCACCCACAGGAGAGCCCUAAGUACAACCGCACCUGUAGUAAGCGAGAAUCUCUUCGGCAGCAAUAUGCCCAGGACACUAAAAUGGGGUUUGUCAUCAAUGCCAUUUAUUCCAUGGCAUAUGGCCUGCAUAACAUGCAACGGGCACUGUGCCCAGGCUAUCAGGGUUUGUGCGAUGCCAUGAGACCUAUUGAUGGCGCUACACUGCUGGACUUUCUGAUGAAAACUAACUUCACUGGAGUGUCUGGGGAGGGAAUCCUCUUUGAUGAGAAUGGUGACUCUCCUGGCAGGUACGAAAUCAUGAAUUUUAAGAAGAUGGGGAAUGACUAUUAUGACUACAUUAAUGUGGGCAGUUGGGACAACAGUGGAUUGAAAAUCGAUGAUGACGAAAUCUGGUCAAGCAAGGAUGUUGUCAUCAAGUCCGUUUGCAGUGAACCCUGUGACAAAGGACAAAUUAAGGUUAUCCGUAAAGGUGAGGUGAGCUGCUGUUGGACGUGCACUCCCUGUAAAGAAAACGAGUUUGUGUUUGAUGAGUAUACCUGCCGAGCUUGCGACCUUGGCUCCUGGCCCAAUGAUGACCUGACAGGAUGUGAUGCAAUCCCAGUGGAGUACCUACGAUGGGGAGACCCUGAACCCAUUGCUGCUGUGGUAUUUGCCUGCCUUGGACUUAUGGCCACAUUCUUUGUUACUGCCGUCUUCAUUCGGUUCAGGGACACUCCUGUGGUGAAAUCCUCCAGUAGGGAGCUGUGCUAUAUAAUACUGGCAGGUAUAUGCCUGGGGUACUUGUGUACUUUCAGCCUCAUCGCCAAACCUCAUGUCAUCCAUUGCUACCUCCAACGCCUGGGAAUUGGCCUGUCACCUGCGAUGAGCUACUCUGCUUUGGUCACCAAGACCAACCGCAUUGCACGGAUCCUGGCAGGAAGUAAAAAGAAAAUAUGUACAAAGAAGCCUCGUUUCAUGUCUGCCUGCGCUCAGCUCAUCAUUGCCUUCCUGCUCAUACUACUGCAACUUGGCAUCAUUGUAGCACUCUUUCUCAUGGAACCACCCCAGGUUAUUCAUGAUUACCCGAACAUCCGUCAAGUCAACCUCAUUUGCAACACCACUAACCUUGGAGUGGUUGCCCCCCUGGGAUACAAUGGCCUGCUCAUCCUCAGCUGUACCUUCUAUGCCUUCAAGACCCGCAACGUUCCUGCUAAUUUCAAUGAAGCAAAGUACAUUGCCUUUACCAUGUACACCACCUGCAUUAUAUGGCUGGCCUUUGUUCCCAUCUACUUUGGCUCCAACUACAAAAUAAUCACCAUGUGCUUCAGUGUCAGCCUCAGCGCCACAGUGGCGCUUUGCUGCAUGUUUGUACCAAAGGUGUACAUCAUUCUAGCCAAACCAGAGCGAAAUGUGCGCAGUGCCUUUACCACUAGUACAGUGGUGCGCAUGCAUGUUGGUGAUGGCAAAUCAUCCUCAGCUGCCAGCCGCUCCUCUAGUCUGGUUAACCUGUGGAAACGCAGAGGCUCCACUGCAGAGACUCUUAGCUCAAACGGCAAAUCGGUGUCUUGGGCCCAGACUGAGCGCAACAGUUCUCACGGGAACCACUUGUGGCAACGCCUGUCCUUCCACAUCAAGAAGAAGGAGAACAAUCAGACAGCAGUCAUCAAGCCCUUCUCCAAGACAUCUGAGGAGCGUUACUGUGGAGGGGCUGACCUGCCAUCACAUGUGCCCCUCCCAUCCCUCCCAUCUAUUUCCUCCCUGCCUUCUCAAAGUGACGCUGGCGGGGAUAAAAAUCUGUAUGACCUAUCUGAAGCCGAGGAAAGGUAUUCCCUCACGUAUCGUCCACAAACACCCUCUCCAAUCAGCACGGUGAGCCAGAGACUUGGUGCUGGUGUGGAGGAGGAGCCUCAGAUGGCGGUUGCCACUAACUAUCCCAGCAGCUCUUGCAGCCAAAGCAGUGGCAGCAGUUACGGCCACAUUAGCAGUUGCUCCGGUGUGGCCAGAGGUGAUGGUCGUCUGAUCAUCUUGGAGGGUCGCCCUGUGGGGUGCCAAAGCAACCUGAUGGAUCAGAUAAGCUGUGUGGUGAACCGCUUUACAGCCAACAUCAGUGAGCUCAACACCAUGAUGCUGUUGUCUUCUCCCACGCAUCCCAAGGCACACAAACACUCGCCGCCAGCGCCGCACCCCACCGACCCCUAUCUUCUUCCCCGUGAGAUCCACACACCUCCUGUCCUCACCACCUAUGCCGAUGUCCAGCCUCAGCCCCCAGAGUCCAGCUUGGGACGCCGGGUUGGCUGUCCUGUUCACCCAGUCCCUCUUCCACAUCCGCCUUACCCUCUUCCACCGCCUCACCCCCAAUCCUCCCCUUCCAUUUCCCCCAUGCGAGGUGGCUUGGUCACCUGCCUCAUGGACUCCCCACUGAGAAGGGUGGAAAUGGAUGAGGAGCUUAUUGCUUUGACUCCCCCAUCACCCUUCAGGGACUUUCUGGGGUCUAGCAGUAGCUCGCCUGUGUCUGAUAUAGAUCUGUGUCUCCCCCCUGUGCCCUCCCACCCUCCCCCAUCGCCUCCUUCACCCAGGUACAGUAGACUAAACCUCAGAAACUACAGCCAGAGUUCUUCUUCACUGUGAAGCAAACAUGACAGAGGAAGACGAGCAGAUCAAGACAAGCAGAUGAAUCGACUGAAAUCCAUUCAUCUCGAAGAGGGUGUAGAAGCUUGUUGUUUACAUGUGUGCAGUGAGAUCAUAUUUUCAUCAGAAAUGGUCACAAAGGAAAUCUGUGAUUUGAAAAUAUGUAGUAAUAGGCUUAGAUUGUGGCCUUACGGUAACAUGGCUGUCAGCUAAUUAGAGAUAGCAAUUGUGCACUCAUGGUGCAUUGUGUAUGUGCGUAUACAAUGCCAUGAGUGUGUUUUCCUUGUUUUAAGGAAAAACGGGCGUAAUUGUGGACCAACCAAACGCUCCCAAAGGGCACAUAAACUGAAAUUCAGUCAAACACGCACAGUCUUGCAUGGGUACGCACACAAGAGGUAAAGCUGUAAAUAUUUCACAAGUUUCUGAAAUUCAUCGUGUUACCACAGCUGCAGUAUGUCGCUUUGCACAUGAGUAUCUUUGUAUCACAUCCGCUGUCAUAACUGUUUUGGGAUUUCAUUGGUUAAGGGUAGCACCAACGUGUUUUGUACCAGAAAAAAAGGAAGACAGACCAACAAAAACUUUGUUUGACAACUUCAGUCUGGUUGGCUACAAUCCGACCACACCAGUUAAUAGCAACUUUACAAUUGACGUCAGUCUUCUGGAGUAGAGAAUUUCGAUAUAAAAUGACUGCAGGACACUUGUGUCAUUCUCUUUCGUAAUAUUUGACUGAAUUCAUUAGAUUUGCCAGUUUCUCUUUGGGGAAAAAGGUCACCUCAUUAGCUUCUGUCAGUCUGUGGCAAAGGUGUAAACCUGAAAUUAUUCCCGAGUGUCAGUAACAGAGAAGUCUUGAUAAAGCUUCCUCUCUGCUGCAUGCAUGUUAGCUGACAGCACUUCAGGGAAAUUAUAUGUGGGGGGUAAGCUUUGACAGACAGGCAUUUUGGUCAAAUGCAAAAUUACUUCCAAGCAAUGGACGACUUGUUACCACUAUUAAACAGACAAUUAUGUAAAGUCUCUUCUUGUUGCUUGGCAACCUUACAUACAUACAAAGACUUAAGCAAUAGCGUGGAUAAUAAUCAUUAAUUCAUCAUAACAUAUAUUUGAGUUUAUUUGAUUCUUUUUUUCUAUUCCUCACCCGUAAAGCUGGUUUUCUAGAGCAGUUAAGGUACAAACAAUGUUUUCUCAUGCGUCAUUUGAGCGAUAGUCCACUAUCCCAUACAUCCCAUAGAAGAAGUCGGACAUCCGGGCAUUAAUGACGUCACCAGCCACAACAAAGCGUUGCCAUAUUGAAAACGGGGCAAAAGACGAGUCACAAGCAGUUGCUCUGUCAUGCAUUGUAAUACAAACGCGUUGAACUUUCGUCUUAUUUGCGGUCUUUUUUCCUUCGGAAUGACUAAAAGUUGCUGUGUUGCGGGUUGUCACACAAGGAAGAGUUCGGAGCCGCAUUUGAAUUUCUUCAUUCUUCCUCGUGAGAAGAAAAUGAGAAACAAAUGGCUGAAAGCAAUUAAUUGAGGAACAGCAAAAGAAGACGGUUCUGUGGACUAUUUGCGCCUGUGGGAACCUAAAUCCAAGCACAUUUACGUUUGCAGCCAACAUUUUAUUACUGAUGAGUAAACCUUAAUCAUUUUUUUUGCCCCAAUUAGCUGCUAGGAUUCAAUAGACUAGGCAGUGGUUAUUAUUACCGGAACCGACAAUUCGCAAAGCGUUAUUUUUCUUUUGCCGUGAACUGCUCUGAUGGGUCAAUCGGUAUAUUAUUGGCCAGGUGGGAAUUGGUUAUUUUGCCUUGACGUGUUCACGGCUAAAUAACGCUUGGAGGCGAAUUACCGGUUACGGUAGAAAUAAUCACUCUGUAUAUACUACCAGUUUUCUUAGUUCCGCAAAGUACAUAUUCCACGUAAUUGAUAAAGAUGAACUUACUGGGUGACUUUAUGAGGUAGUUGUAGAUGUUUCUGAACUCCACUUCAGGCCAUUCCUUUGUUUAUCCAGCUAUCAGCUGCGACUUUGUAUGGGCAGAUUUGCAAGCCAAUAAACGCUAAUUUUAAGUUGUAUCGCUUCCUCGCGUCUGUCGGCAGUGACUCGUGAUAAUAAAAAGUCAUGUUUAAGACGUUUUUAUGAACAACAGAUGCAAAACACAGCUGAAAUAUAUGAAUGUCAAACAACGUUUUUCUACGGCUGUUUAGCUGUGCGGGCCCCCUUCACAAAAUGGCGACACGUUGCUAAGCGAGGUGACGUCAUCGUGACAUCACGCCAACUUCCUCCAUUGGCCCCAACGUUCAACUGUCAGUGUUGCGCGUUUACAGAAAGUCAUAAUUUAUUAGCUAUUUCAUCCAGCAAGGUUAGCUUGCGCUCAUCUGGUUUUUAACAUUGUGCUACAGAUGAAAAAAAACUUGACUUUGAAAGAAAAUAUAAAAUGGACCAUUUACAACUACUUGCAUACCAACAGAGAAAAUAGGCAUUUUACAGUAUGACACCAGAAACUGUGCUACCACUCUGAAUGUGUCAGUGAACAUUCCAAUUCAGAUUUCAUUAUUUAAUAUGAUUGCUGUGCCAAAGGGUUUGGGGCAGAGCUAUCUUUUACGCUUUAUUAGUAAAUAUGUGGUUUCCUAAAAACAAACAAACAAAAAAAAAGUAAAUGUUUUUAUUGUAUUUUGGUAUUUUAAAAUUGAUCGUUAUGUUCUUUUCAUUGUAUAAAGCAAUAGUACCCAUACAUAAAAGUGGGUUUUCUAAUAAUUUAAAAGAAAUAUUUCAAGUACUUCUACAUUCUCUGGUGUUUGCCAAAGCAUGCAUUGCCAAAACACCCUUGCAUUCACUGAAAUCUCUUCAAGGCGAGAACCGGUCGUGGAUUGCUGAUCUUGUCUAGUCUUAUAGCUGCGUGUGUGAGAUAGAGUGGGGAUUUUUGACAUUGUGACUUGGUUGGCAAUCCUGAGAGACAGAAUCACUGUUAUUCCAUGUAAAAUUGAAUUUAUUCCAUGCAUCAUCAUCUUCAUUUUUCUUCUGAUCAAGUCAUAUUAUAUGAUUACUGUGUGCCGAAAUAGACCGUGAACCCCCAAAAUAAAGCCACUGCUGUGAUGGUGGUGUGAUUUGAAACACGUUGUUUUAGGCUACUGAAACUGACUGCACUUUGUGCUGAGCAACAGCAUGGUGCACUCAUUCCAGCCCCUCGCCUGCGUGUUAUCUGCCCCCUGGGUGGAACUAUUUGCUGCCUAAGCAGCCAAAGACAGGAUCAAUGCUCACAUUUCAUUUCCUACUGGGACUCUGCAAUGUGGCAUCAGCCUAUAUUAAAAAUCACGUGACUGAUUAGAAAGAAAAUUGUUGAAGGGACAAUCAUUUUGGAAGGAAAUCAAAAUUCCCUAUAUUAAUGUCUGCUGUCAAAUAUGAUCUCCUGAUGAUGUGCUACAAAAAAUCCUGUAACACAAUUUAUGUUCCGCGCUCCAAAGAAUUGGAUUGAUAAUCCUCAUAGAGAUUUUUAAUCCAAAAGCGCUCAUCUGCUGAUCAUAGGAAACAAUCUCUAGGUUAUGUAAUCCCAAACCGUUUGGUUUUAGUCCGGCCAAUACAUUGAUAAUGAGCAGGUGGCUGUUUCAUCUACAACACUGUUAAAAAAAGAACACAAAGCAUGUUGUAAUCUAAUAUAUUGACGUCCUGUUAUAAUUGGCCACGUGUGCUAUUGCUAAAUGAGAACCAAUUCUUUUUUUAUCGAGCGGUUAUCCAAAUAAAUUGAAUUUGAACAGCCAAUAUUUACCACGAAUCUAAAUCAGAUACAGUGGUAUGAAAAAGUAUCUGAACCUUGUGAAAUUUCUCACAUUUCUGCAUAAAAACAACAUCAAAUGUGAUCUGAUCAUUGUCAAAAUCACACAGAUGAAAAGAAAAGUCUGCUUUAACUAAAACUACCUAAACAUUUAUAGGUUUUCAUAUUUUAAUGAGGGUAGUAUGCAAACAGUGACAGAAGGAGGGAAAAAUAAGUAAGUGAACCAUCACAUUUAAUAUUUUGUGCCCCCCCAUUUGGCAGCAAUAAGUUCACUGAUACACUGAACAGACUGAUAACUGCAGAUCAGUCUGGCACAUAGAUCAGGAUUAAGCUUGGCCCAUUCUUCUCGACAAAACUGCUGUAGUUCAGUCAGAUUCCUGGGAUGUCUGGCAUGAAUCGCUGUCUUUAGGUCAUGCCACAGCAUCUCAAUGGGGUUAAAGUCUGGACUUUGACUUGGCCACUCCAGAACAUAUAUUUUGUUCUUCUGAAACCAUUCUGAAGUUGAUUUACUUCUGUGUUUUGGAUCAUUGUCUUGUUGCAGCAUCCAUCCUCUUUAUAGCUUUAACUGCCUGACAGACGACCUCAUGUUUUCAUGCAAACCAUCCUGAUAAACUUUUGAAUUGUUGGCAAGUUGUCCAGGCCGUGAGGUAGCAAAACAGCCCCAAAUCAUGAUGCUCCUUCCACCAUCCUUCACGGUGGGGACGAAGUGUUGCUGUUGGAGAGCUGUUCCAUUUUUCCUCCACAUAUGAGGUUGUGUGUUACUCCCAAACAAUUCAACUUUGGUUUCAUCAGUCCACAAAAUAUUUUGCCAAAAUUUCUGUGGAGUGUCUAAGUGCCUUUUUGUGAACAUUAAACGAGCAACAAUGUUUUUUUUAGACAGCAGUGGCUUCCUUUGUGGAGUCCUCCCAUGAACACCAUUCUUGGCCAUAGUUUUAAAUAUAGUUGAUGUGUGCACAGAGAUAUUGGACUGUGCCAGUGAAGAUCAGAUCACAUUUGAUAUUAUGCAGAAAUGCGAGAAAUUCCAAAAGGUUCGGAUACUUUUUUUUAUACCACUGUAUGUUCUCCUCAGUGUAUGCCGUGUAUAUUUUUACCCACUUGCAUGUACAGUACAGCAUUUGUUAGAAAUAUUGUAUAGUGUGUCUGAGUCAUCUCAGUCAAGUCGGGGUAAAUCCAGAUUCAAUGAGGAUUUACUUUUACCAAUGUGGUUUUCCAACUUUCCAGUUUUAUGGAAUGCAGCAGUUUCCCAUGCAGUUAAACAAACAAACAAAAAAAAGAACGUUUUUGACUGACCUAAGAUUUUUAUUUUGUGUGUGCAGACAGAGACAGAAAGGCAUAUUGGAUAGGAAGUGCAGGAAAAAAGAUUGAACACAAAAAGACUUAUCAGUGUUGUUCUGAAUAUUAAGUAGGUAAAGGCUGCGUACAUGUCUGCCUUUGCAAGACAGGCUGAGUGCAAUCCAGGACAUGAGUGGUGAUGCCUAGGUGUCUUAAAUAUGCCAACAGUAUUUUUGUAUUGUGUGUCCCGCUGAUGAUGAGUAGUUUAAGUUAUGAUUUUGAAUUGCAUUUUAGCUGUAGGUUAUACUGUAUAUGCUAACAUGUUAUUAAUUCAAGUCUCUUGUGUUAUGGAUAAAUGAGAGGUAGAGUAUAAGUGAUUCAUAACCAAAUAAAAAACGGGCACAUCUCAUUACUGAUUCAUUUUUUGGGGUGAUACAGUGCAAUCUUGGGUUACAUAAUGAAUUCCCCCAGUGAGCCCGCUAGAAAACUAAAAUGUUUGCAUAUGGAAUUAACGUUUAUUGGAAUGAAAUUCAUCCAUUCCAUUUUCCAGUUAUUUUUUUAUUUUCCAAAGGGUGUGAGCUUCAAGUAAACACUGCAACUAAGAAGCAGAGAGCAAAUUCUUGGCCGAAACCGAAUAUUGAAAACACUUGGCCGAAAAACCAAAAGGAUGAAAGAUGUGCAUGCAUACAAUUCAUUUUUUAAUUUCUUAUUAAUUAUUUCAUUUCAUUACCGAUUAAUGCCAAUUGCCUUGGCAUUCGUUCGACAACCCCGGAGGCUCAAGAAAGUUUGAAAGGUGCCGAUUCUGAAGCCUCAUGGGCAGGGGCGGAUCCACAAGGGGUGUAACAAUUAGUCGAUGUGGAUCAAUACUAGAUCAAUUAGUUAAGCACGAUUGAAUGUAAUUCGAUCAAAAUUCAAAAUGAUUAUAAUUUGAAUGUCCCGUUUUGUUAAAAAAAAAAGUUUUCUUCAUUAAAAGAAUCCGAUGUGUAAUCAACAAAAUUGUCAAACACAUAAAAACAAUUUGUAUUUCUUAUUUCUUUAGGUAAAUUGGAAAUGAUUGUAUUAAAUAUGAGAUGUAUUAAAGAGUCGAUAAUGUAUUAUGCCAUAGUGAAAUAUUUGCCAACCCUCAGAAAGUUCCUGUCCCCCUCUCGUCAUUCCAUAAAUAUAUUUCUAGAUCCGCCACUGCCCAUGGGUGGGUGUGUUCCCGGCGGCAGUGAGCGCUGGUGUCGUCAUAGCAUUCUGUUUGGUGUACAUACACACACGUUACGGCAUAAGAAACCUAUAUAAAUGCGCUUUCAUGGAAGUUUGGGACACUCCAAAAAUGGAUCUAUCGCCUCCAAUUGCUAAGCUAAAUAAGACCUCAAUAUACGUUUUUGUGGAACCCUCUAUUUUUGCGUUCUCGCUGAAACUAAGCUCUUUGCAAGGCAAUUAGAAUCUCUCCCACUCCUUAAAAUAAGACUUGGUAUUUUUUUGUGCAACAAGUGGAAUCGAUUGAGAGCCAGGCGAGUGGGCUGAGCUGUACCGGCGACGAAGCCGAAAGAAGUCCCUUCCGGUCGGAUUAAACGGCGACCGGCAGUGGGGGUGGGGAAGUCGCAGGAAAAAAAUGUGACAAAAAUUGGAAGUGUUCGCAUUAUAAAUUUAUUGUACUAAACCACAGCCAUAGACUUCAUUAUGAUAUUGACGGGCCAUGGGGCGCAGGGCCAAUUAAUAGGGGGCCUUUCGCCGUCAAAGCUGACUGAGUGGAAACACAGACAAAGAGCUUUUUACGUUGAAAUUCUUGUCAAUAAAUGCUUAAAUCCCUGAAUUUUUUAUAGAUAUGGACUUUAGCGAUGGGAUGCUCGAGCCUUCCUGCUCAAAUCUGAUUCGAGCAAAUGAUGUAGAGGCGUGUCAAAGCAGUGUUCCGAAAACGGCAUCGAGCAAGCCAAAAAUCACGUGACCACUACUAACGAGACCUCAAACGUCACAGAUGUGUCAGCGAGUCACACUGUUUCCACCGGAAAAUGAAAACCCGAUGGGAGCCCGCCCGCUCAAUCGGUGGGAACGCAAUAAAAAGUGGCAGAAUAACGCAGUUAUUCAGCGGUUUUUUGAGAGGAGGAAUCUUCGCGAGUGCUACAAAAAUUUAAUCAUUUUCAAGUCAGCAGUGAGACUAUCAUUUUCAGUUUUAAUUUCAUUAAAUUCAUUCACAUUCUUAUACACUAUAUAGUGGCAUACAUUUAAGAUAUUUAGAAUAG